AUGUACGCAAUCUCUUGUGCACACCUCGGAAUCGGGUUGCGAACGUUCGAUCUGAGUGGCGGAGCCGCACAACCAACGGCGUUGAGGCAGGCCUGGAUGUACUUACCCAUAGUCAACUAUAUUCUGUCGGAUGCUGUAGUCGUAUGGCGAUGUUGGUUGCUGUGGGGUCGUAGGUCUCGGAUACUCGUCGUUCCUAUCCUUCUGCUCAUGGGCAACGUUGCCGCCGCAAUAUCCAUCGCAGUGUGUGAUGUCAAAACCGUUGUCUUCUCGCCGACGUUCUCCGACGAGUCGAGCAGUACCGUCGGGUUUUAUUCAGGCGACACGACAGUGUGGUCUUUGUCUCUCGGGACAAAUUUCACCGUUAUUGUGAACACGGAGCCAUGCACUUACACAUACUUGUAUCGAAGGCAGCACCGUCGUCAUCUAUUUCACGGAGGAACGCGAAGGACUCAAGCUGAGAAGUUGAUGGCUCUGCUCGUUGAAUCCGGAACUCUGUACUGCAUGAUUUGGGUCGUAUUUUUGAUUCCAGCUGUGGAUACUGGUUACAACGGUAAUCUGUUCAUGAGCGCCGUCAUGCCACAGAUCGCAGGCAUCUAUCCUACUGUCCUCGUCGUCCUCGUAAACUUCGGGAAGACUCAGUUCGAGAGCAAUUUUGCGUACGAAGGCAAUAGCCCAGGCACCACGGAAACCUCAAGACAACGCCGCAGCGGUAUGCUCGAAGUAGUCAGGAUGGGUAGGUCAUUUAUUGCAAGGGAUGUCGAAAGCGACGAUGGUGAGGUGGGAGGCGAAGGUGAGAGCUCUGUGCACGAGAUCGAGGAAGAGAAGAGAUCGGUCUGUACGGUGUGA